CUUUAAAUGCUAUCUCUCCUUAUCUUUCUCACAGGUUAAAGGGACUCACCUUUUGGCUUGAAAGUACUGAAGGCCCUUUCGAGAGUUCAGUUACAUCAGAGCCGCGGGUUAUUCAGUGCAUACGAAUCUACACUCAUGUAUAGGCUUUCAUGUGCCUCAUUUAUCGAACUAAUCCAAUCUACGACAAUGAAGUCGUUGAUUCUCCUUUCCGUCCUCGUCCACGGGGCAUUGUCGUUUGUUUACCUGGAAAAACUGUCCCACAUGAAGCUCCCUAGCAAAAUCACUCCCUCCGUGCAGUAUCAGAUGUUUGGGGGAGCGGCGGAGGAGGCCGCAUAUGACAAACAACGACGAAUGUUAUAUGUUGUAGGGGAAGAAUCUCGUUUACUGCAUGUCAUGGAUUUAUCUGACCCAAAGAAUCCAACGUUAGCUACAACUCAUCAGUUUACACCCAGUGACGGAACUCCCCGUGACGUAGCAAUUUGUGGUGAUGAGGUAGCCGUCGCUGUGACGUCGGGAAUCAAAGAUGUCUAUGAAGGACAUGUCUAUUUCUUUCAUGCGUUUACAGGCGGAAGCCCAGGGUUAACGCCCGAUGGAAAACUUCCAGCUGGAUACUUUCCUGAUAUGUUGACCUUCACCAGCGACUGCAAAAAACUCCUUGUCGCCAACGAGGGGAGACCAGGGAAGGAUAUCAACAAUGUAUUCACCGACCCGGUGGGAUCCAUCACCAUUAUAGAGAGAGACAGAAACGGGGGUCCACCCUCCGAGCGAACCGUUUCCUUCACUGGCCAAGAUCAAAGGUUUGAUUUGAGAUUUCCAAUACGAUACAUUCCUCAAAACUUGUGGCCUAUUAAAGUCACUCCAACAUUUGAGGAAGAUGCUACCCCCGAGUACAUUACAGUGACCGAUGACAACAAAUACGCCUACAUUAUCUUACAGAAAAAUAACGCCGUGGCAAGAAUAUCCCUAAGUACAUACGAAAUCACAGGUGUAACACCUAUCCCGAAAAAAGACUGGAGUAGCUACACCAUAGACCCCAGUGACAGGGAUGGAGGUGUUCAUCUUCGACAGUUUCCACUCAAAAGCAUACGACAGCCGGACAACGCCAAAGUGAUCACCAUUGGACGAAACAACUUCCUGGUUACGGCAGACGAGGGCUUGACAACAAGCUUCACUUCCGCCCACGACGGCUUCGUCUGGUCGGACCACAGCCUGGCAGACAUAUUAGCAAGACAGAACAAGUUUGAUACUGUGGUCAUAAACAACGACACGUUUGUAGAGGAUCUCAAGAUGGACAAUAAAGCCGGUAGAUUGAUGUUAAGCACCAUUGACGGUUUGAAUUUAUUUACGGGUAAAAUGGACGAAGCCACUCAUUUCGGUGGGAGAGGGUUUUCCAUUUGGAAAACUUCAGACAUGUCGCUGGUUUUUGAUUCUGGGGACGAAAUCGAGAAAGAAUUGGCCAACUCUAUGAAAGCUGUGUUUAACACAGACUGUAUUCGUAACACCAUUACAUAUCAGGGACCAGAGAACCUAAGGGACACACAGUCUGACGAUUACGGUCCAAAAAUAGGUUCCUUGGAUUAUAUCAAUGACAAUGGUGCACAAUACAUAGUUGUGGGCAGUGAAACAACUGGUACUAUCUUCUUGUACUCUGUAAAUACUACCUCGGGCACCCCCAAGCCUCAAUUUGAGACCGCCUACCGUACCGGUGAUACAGAUUAUGUGUGGAGCGAGCUCUAUGAUAUGGGAACGGCUGGAGAUGCUGGGCUAUCUGCAGUCGGAUUCAUUGGCCGAGAUGACAACGCUUUAAACAAGACCCUGAUAUAUGUGAUAGGACAGUAUUCCGGCUCAGUCUCAUUAUUCCAGAUUAUAACCAUGUAGUUCA